UUAGAGCCCGACUGGGGUGGAGCAGAGUUGGGGUGGGGGGUUGUACAGGAGAUCAGAAGUGCCUCUGCCAUUUAGAGUCACCAGCUCUUGUCAGGAAUGUCCGUCCCCCGCGCGCACAGAUCAUGUACUGGAUGCGCCCACUUUAUUUUUAACCCGGCAGGGUGGGUCAGUCGCUGGCUUUCGGGAAUGACCGUGGAGCGCGCGGCGCCUUCAGCCCCUUUCCCUCGUCCCCCGUGCCCCCCUCGCGCUGUGGAGACCCUCGUCCGCUCUGACCAGGACAGCGCUGCUUCAAUGGGAUUAUAAUUGGUUCACUGGCAGGGAGAAGACUCAACAUAAACAGAUUCGGACAGGACAGGACAACAUCCAGAAGCAACAGAAAUCCAGAUUCAUCAGACCGGGCUACAUUUUCCAGUCUUCAUCUGCCCAGCUUUGACUACCUGCAAUAUCCCAGGUCCAUCCUGCCUUCCUCUCCUCCACUCAUCUCCAUCCUCACCCAGAGCACCUGAGGACGCCAGCCGCCGUCCCCCCACCUGCUUGCCACACUGGCUACCGCCAUGACUUCCACCACAGACUUUGACAAUGUGGAGAUCACGCAGCAGUACAGCCACAUCAACACCCGCUUUGACCUCUGUGAUGAGGAAUUAGACAAUGACAACAGCUCUGCCAGGCUGUUUGAGCGCUCACGCAUCAAGGCCCUCGCAGAUGAGCGUGAGGCGGUUCAGAAGAAGACCUUCACUAAAUGGGUCAACUCGAUCCUGUCCCGGGUCGGCUGUCGCAUAUCUGACCUCUACCUGGACCUACGGGAUGGACGCAUGCUCAUUAAACUGCUGGAGGUGCUGUCCGGUGAACGACUGCCGAAACCCACCAAGGGUCGGAUGCGUAUCCACUGUUUGGAGAAUGUGGACAAGGCUCUGCAGUUUCUCAAAGAACAGAGGGUCCACCUGGAGAACAUGGGCUCCCACGACAUUGUCGAUGGCAACCAUCGCCUCAUCCUCGGCCUCAUCUGGACCAUCAUCCUGCGUUUCCAGAUCCAGGACAUUAUUGUGGAAACGGGCCAGGCGGACCAGAAGGAGACGCGCUCAGCCAAGGACGCUCUUCUUCUGUGGUGUCAGAUGAAAACUGCAGGAUAUCCCAAUGUCAACAUCACAAACUUCACCACCAGCUGGAAAGACGGCAUGGCCUUCAACGCUCUCAUACACAAACACCGGCCAGAUCUGGUGGACUAUAACAGUCUAAAGAGGUCCAACCCGACCCACAACCUCCAAAACGCCUUCAAUGUGGCAGAGCAGAAGCUUGGCGUGACCAAACUGUUAGACCCAGAAGAUGUGUUCACAGAGAACCCAGAUGAGAAGUCCAUCAUCACGUACGUCGUGGCAUUUUACCACUACUUCUCGAAGAUGAAGCAGCUCGCUGUCGAGGGCAAGAGAGUUGGAAAGGUUCUGGAUCACGCCAUCGAGACAGAGAAGAUGAUUGAUAAGUACGAGACGCUGGCGUCAGACCUGCUGACGUGGAUCGAGCAGACCAUCAUCGUGCUGAACAACCGAAAACUUGCCAACUCUCUGGCUGGAGUCCAGCAGCAGCUUCAGGCCUUCAACACCUACCGCACUGUAGAGAAGCCGCCCAAGUUUCAGGAGAAGGGUAACCUCGAGGUGCUGCUGUUCACCAUCCAGAGUCGAAUGAGGGCCAACAACCAGAGGGUCUACACGCCUAAAGAGGGAGCCCUGGUCGCAGAUAUCAACCGGGCCUGGGAGCGUCUGGAGAGGGCGGAGCACGAGCGGGAGCGCGUCCUGAGAGACGAGCUGAUCAGACAGGAGAAGCUGGAGCAGAUGGCGAGGAGAUUCGACAGGAAGGCUGCCAUGAGGGAGACGUGGCUCAUGGAGAACCAGAGACUGGUGGCCCAGGAUAACUUUGGCUACGAUCUGCCGGCUGUGGAGGCGGCCAAGAAGAAGCACGAUGCCAUCGAGACAGACAUCGCGGCGUACGAGGAACGUGUUCAGGCCCUGGUGGACAUCUCAAAGGAGCUGGAGUCGGAGCGUUACCAUGACGCCAAACGGAUCGACGCGCGGAAAGACAACAUCCUGCGUCUGUGGGACUACCUGCAGGAGCUGCUGAAGGCUCGUAGGGCGCGUCUGGAUAAGAACCUGACCCUGCAGAGGAUCUUCCAGGAGAUGCUGCACAUCAUCAGCUGGAUGGAUGACAUGAAGGCCCGGCUGCUGUCUCCAGACUUUGGGAAACACUUGCUGGAAGUUGAAGACCUGUUGCAGAAACACGCCUUGGUAGAGAACGACAUUGCUCUGCAGGCAGACAGGGUCCACAGCGCCAGUGCUGCUGCUCUCAAGUUUGCAAAUGGAGAUAGCUAUAAGCCAUGUGAUCCCCAGGUGAUCCGGGACAGGGUGCAGCACCUGGACCUGUGCUACCAGGAGCUUUGUGCCCUGGCGGCCCAGCGAAGGGCUCACCUGGAGCAGUCCCGCCGCUUCUGGUACUUCCUGUGGGAGGUGACGGAGCUGGAGAGUUGGAUCAGGGAGAAGGAGCACAUUUUCUCCUCUCUGGAUUAUGGCAAGGACCUGACGAGCGUGCUGGUGCUCCAGAGCAAACACAGCGCCUUCGAGGACGAGCUCGGAGCCCGCCGCGCCAACCUCGAACAGGUCCUUGCAGAGGGAGAAAAGAUGAUCCAGGCCAAGCACUUCGGCUCCCCGAAGGUUCAAGAAUGCAUGGAUGACAUCAGGAGGCAGUGGCAGCAGCUGGAGGAACUGGCAGCAUUUCGGAAACAGAACCUGCAGGACACUCAGAGGUUCUUCCAGUUUCAGGGAGAUGCUGACGAACUCAAGGCCUGGCUGCUGGACGCCAAGAGGCUGAUGAGCAGCGAAGACGUAGGUCACGACGAGUACACCACGCAGCGGCUACUCAAGAAGCUCAACGACCUGAGGAAUGAAGCAAUCAAGAACGGAGCCACUAUCGACGCGCUAUCGAAACAGGCCAAUGCGCUGCCAGAGGAGUUACAAAAUACCCCUGAUAUCCAGAGACGUCUGAAAGACAUCAAGGACCUGUACAUGGAGCUCAUGUCUCUGGCCGACCUGAGACAGAAGAAGCUCGAUGACACUAUGGCCCUGUACACCAUCUUCAGUGAGACGGACGCCUGUGAGCUCUGGAUGGGCCAGAAGGAGACUUGGUUGGUGGACUUAGAGGUGCCGGAGAAGCUGGAGGAUCUGGAAGUGGUACAGAACAGGUUGAGCAUUCUGGCUCAAGAUAUGGCAAAUGUUCAGUCGAGAGUUGAUGAUGUCAACAAAGCUGUGAAACAGCUUGAGGACAGCAGACACCCUCGCACCAAAGAGGUCAAGGAAUGUCAGACACGACUGAAUAAGAGGUGGGAAGCCUUCAAGGCCAUGGUGGAGGACAAGAAGAGGAAAGUGGAUUCUGCUGUUAGUCUGCACAACUACGGGCUGGAGUGUGACGAGACAGAGACCUGGAUCAAAGACAAGACGCGGGUGAUCGAGUCCACGCAGGAUUUGGGCAACGACCUGGCGGCCGUCAUGACCAUCCAGAGGAAACUGUUUGGCAUGGAGAGAGAUUUAGCCGCCAUCGACACCAAGCUCACCUUCCUGAGGAAAGAAGCCGACCAGCUGGCCAAGGAUCACCCGGAGAACGCAGCCGAUAUCUUGGCCCGCAGAGGAGAACUGGACGCAGCCUGGGACACACUGAGAAAGACCCUGAAAGACAGGGAGGACUCUUUGGGUGAGGUCAGCAAGUUGCAGACCUUCCUCCAAGACAUGGAUGACUUCCAGUCCUGGCUUUUCAAGACCCAGAAGGCUGUGGCUUCAGAGGAAAUGCCCGCCACGCUGCCAGAGGCCGAGGAGCAGCUCAGCCUCCACGACGCAGUGCGUGAAGACAUUGGCAACCACGAGGAGGACUUUCACCGUGUGAGGGACACUGGUGCUCAGGUCAUGCAGGGUCAGGAGGACGAUCCUCAGUACCAGCAGCUGGAGCAGAGGCUGAAGGGCAUGGACCGUGGUUGGGUCGAACUGCAGAAGAUGUGGGACAGUCGCAAGAACUUCCUGGAUCAGGGUGUGGGCUUCCAGCAGUUCAUGAGGGAUGGCAAGGCUGUAGAGGCCAUCCUCAAUAACCAGGAGUACACCUUGGCCCACAUAGACAAGCCUGACACAUUGGCUGGGGCAGAGAAGGCUUUGAAGAAGCAUGAGGACUUUGUGAGCACCAUGGAGGCCAAUGAGGACAAGAUUGACGGCGCUCUGCAGGGUGGACAGCGGCUGGUGGACAGUAAUAACCUGUACUCUGGGAAAGUUCAGGAGAAAAUGGACUCCAUCAAAGACAGGCAUGACAAGAAUAACAGAAGAGCCCAGGAGGUGUCCGAAAAGCUCCGGGAUAACCGCGACCUGCAGCACUUCCUGCAAAACACUCAGGAUCUGACUGUGUGGAUCAAUGAGAAGAUGCUGACGGCUCAGGACACGUCAUACGAUGAGGCCAGGAACCUCCACAGCAAGUGGCUAAAACAUCAGGCCUUCAUGGCCGAGCUGGCCUCCAACAAGGACUGGCUCAACAACGUAGACCAGGAGGGUCAGGAGCUCAUGGAGUCCAAGCCUGAGUUUGAGCCUAUUGUGAAGGAGCGCCUGGCCAAGCUCCACGAGCUGUGGGACAAACUGGAGUCCACCACUCAGGAGAAGGCCCGGCUGCUGUUUGAUGCCAACCGUUCCGAGCUCUUCGACCAGAGCCUGGCUGACAUGAAGAAGUGGCUCGGUGAGCUGCAGCAGCAGCUACAGAGCGGAGACGAGGACGUUAAAGACCUGACUAAUGCCAACAUCCUGCUCAAGAAGCAUCAGAUGACAGAGAACCAGGUGCGUGGACGGGCAAGGGAGCUGGAGGAGCUCCAGGAGGCCGUGAGGCAGCACGGCGGAGGCAGGGAGGACCAGCCGGAGCUGGAGGCCGAGCAACAGGCCCUGCAAAGGGACUUCCAGCAGCUCCUCACGCCACUGGCCGAGCGCAAGGGCAAGCUAGAGGCCGCCAAGGCUGUCCACCAGUUCUACAGAGACCUGGCCGAUGAGCUUCUCUGGAUAGAGGAGAGGAUGCCCCUGGCAAUGUCAGAAGAGCAUGGACACAAUCUUCAGACUGUGCAAAUGCUGCUGAAUAAGAACCAGACAUUACAGAGGGAGAUCGAGGGCCACCAGCCUCGCGUGGAUGAAGUACUUGAACGUGGAAGGAGGAUGGCGGCCGCUGCCAACGCCGAGGGCAGACCGGAGGCAGACCGGAUCACAGACCAGCUGAAGGAGCUGGAAGAGGCUUGGGCUCGGCUGCAGGACGAGAUGGCUAAGCGCCGGGAGAGGCUCAACGGCUCCAACUUGGCCCAGCAGUACUACAAUGAUGCGGAUGAGGCUGAAGCCUGGAUUGGGGAGCAGGAGCUUUACAUGAUCGCCGAUGAAAAGGCCAAGGAUGAGCAAAGUGCUAUGCUGAUGCUGAAGCGCCACACGAUCCUCAAGCAGGCUGUGGACGACUAUGCGGACUCCAUUCAGAAGCUGGCUGACCGUGCCCAAAAGAUGUUUGCAGAGGACCAUCCCGAUGGCGAGGAGAUCAUCAGGCGACAGGGCCAGGUGGAUAAGCAGUAUGCAGGGCUGAAAGAGCUGGCGGAGGACCGCAGGAGGAAGCUCGAUCACACCUAUCACCACUUCCUGCUUAGCCGAGAGGUGGAAGACCUGGAACACUGGAUCGCAGAGAGAGACGUGGUGGCCUCCUCUCAGGAGAUGGGCCAGGACCUGGAUCACGUCACGCUUCUCAGGGAUAAGUUUAGAGAUUUCGCGCGGGAGACGGGGAUGGUGGGACAGGAGCGAGUGGACUUUGUCAACCAGACGAUAGACGAGCUGAUCGAAGCCGGACACACCGAGGCAGCCGCCAUGGCAGAAUGGAAAGACGGCAUCAAUGACAGCUGGGCUGAUCUGCUGGAGCUCAUUGACACUCGUGCUCAGCUCCUCACAGCAUCUUAUGAACUGCUCAAGUACUUUGAUGAUGGGAAGGAGUUGGUGGCUCAGAUCCACGAGAAGCAGAAAGAGCUGCCCGAUGACGUGGGAGAGGACUUCAGCAAAGCCGAGUCUUUCCACAGAAUGCACGCCGCUUUUGAGAGAGAUAUCACCGCUCUAGGCAAACAGGUUCAGCAGUUCCAGGAAACAGCUGCAAGGCUUCAUGCCCAGUACGCAGGGGACAGGGCAGUCGCCAUCCAGGCCACAGAGCAAGAGGUGGUGGAAGCCUGGAAGGGCCUACUGGACGCCUGUGAUGGCCGCAGGGCGCAACUGGUGGACACAGCUGAGAAGUUCCGCUUUUUCACCAUGGUCCGAGACCUGAUGGCCUGGAUGGAGAGCAUCAUUCAGCAGAUAGAGACUCAGGAGAAACCCAGGGAUGUCUCAUCAGUGGAGCUACUGCAGAAGUACCACCAGGGGAUCCGCUCAGAGAUUGAGGCCAGGGGAGUCAAAUUCAGCGAUUGCAUGGAUCUCGGAAAGGCCCUGCUGACACGCAAGCACCGAGACUCUGCUGAGAUCAAAGAGAAGCUGGUGCAGCUGAUGGAGAAACGGAAGGAGAUGAUGUUCAAGUGGGAUGACAGAUGGGACUGGCUCAGACUCUUGCUGGAGGUGUGUCAGUUUGCACGGGAUGCCUCCGUGGCGGAGGCCUGGCUGAUCGCUCAGGAGCCCUACGUGACCAGUAGAGACCUGGGCCACACUGUGGACGAGGUCGAGAAACUCCUCAAGAGGCAUGAGGCCUUUGAGAAAUCCACUGCCACCUGGGAGGAGCGCUUCUCUGCACUGGAGCGCCUCACGACGCUGGAGCUGUUGGAGCUGAGGAAGCAGCAACAGGAGAUGGAGCAGUUCAUUAAAGAUGAGCAACGCUCUGAUAAGGAGAGCAGGCGAGAAGACACUGGCUUUGUAGAAGAAUCUUCACAGCUCUACACUAUUGAGGAACAAACUCUGUCUGGUUCUGGUGCAAUCGAGCCCAGUUCGGGUCUGCUGGAGGGGGCUGCGGGCGAUUCCACAGUGCCCAUAGAGUCAGAGAUGAGAGAGAGUGGUUCUCUGGAGCUGGAGCCCUCUGUCUCAGUAGUGACCCCGAAAGAACCGGAGAGGGCUGCCACCAUGCCCGUGGAGCCCCUCAGAGCCCACACUGUGCUGCUGGAGGGCACGCUGGGCCGCAAACAUGACGUGGAGGGCUCAGGAAAGAAGGCUUCAAACAGGUCAUGGAACAACUUGUACUGUGUGCUGAAGCCAGGUCAGCUCUCAGCCUAUAAGGAUGCCAAAAGCUUUGGACAUGGAACGACGUAUCACGGCGAGGACCCCCUGUCCCUCAGUAACGCCAGCUGGGAGAUCCUCACCACCUACAAGAAAAAGAAGCAUGUCGCCAAAUUACAUCUUGGUGACGGCAGUGAAUAUCUGUUCCAGUGUAAAGACGAGGAGGAGCUCCAGCGUUGGAGCCAGGCCAUGGACAAGGCCGUUCAGCCCCUGGCAGCUGAGGAAGCGUCGGGGCCCUCAGGGGCCAAAGCCCACAGCCUGCCCCCUCCCUCCUCCUCAGCUGCCCUCCCUGAGCCCAGCUCUGCCAAGAAAGACAAGGAGAAGAAAUUCAGUCGCUUUGCCAAGAAGAAGUGAAAGGAGAUGGAUGGGCCAUCGGGAGGGGGGGUUGCCAAGGCAACCUGGAAAGAGAAAGUAGUAUUUGUGUACAAUCAAUCGGAGCGAGCUUUUUAUCACUAGAUUUUUUAUAUUAUUUAGCGAGAAUUAACAUGAAUAUUGUAGUUUAGGUUAAAGCCAUCACUCUUCUGCCUGUAUUUAAGUCAGUGUAUCAUUGCAAAGGUCCACUCUUUUCUUUGUUCUUUUUAACAAAUGCCAAAUUCAAAGCAUCAAAUGAAAGCACAGGAAUGCUCCUUUCACACUCAACCAAAGAAUGUUUGUAAAACUUUUGUUGUGUUACUUUUGCUGCAAUUUUAGCUUUAGUGAGGCAUGCUUUGAUACAGCUAUGUACGAUAUGAAGGCCUGUAACGAACGUAGGGUGAGUCAAGAGUACUGAAGCGUACUUUUAUUAAUCUGCCUUAUAAAAUGGUUGUGAACUGUAAUACUGUGCUGUUUGAAUUUGGAGCACUAAAUGCUACUUAAAGGAAUUAAGAGUGAAUUUUAACGGGCUUUAAAAUGCUUUGUAAAUGCGGUGUAAAGACUUGGUGAUGAUCAAACCGUAGCGCAGUGCUGUACGGUGCACAUACACACCAAGUUUAAUUGCAGGUAUGCAAACUAAAUGCUCUAUGCACUGUGAAGGGUUUGACUGUUGAGAUUUUUAAAUUGGUACGAUCUGACGACAUACGAGCUUGUCAUGUGACACCACAAUCAGUCCGUUUUGAAUAUAGACUAUAUUCUCAACUGAGCUGUGGCAGUAGUUAUUUCUGUGAACUUGAAACAUAUUCAACACUUGUGUAUUGAACCCUAAAUUUCAUAUCUAUUCAUUAACAUAUAUACAUAGACAGUAUAUAUAUCUACAGAUGCAUGAAGUAUGUUUUACGUUAGUUUGAUAUGGUGCUAUUGUGAUAUUUUUGAACCUUCAAUCAAGAUCAACUUGACCUGCCUUACUUGUCUUCAACUUUGGCUUGUAGUAACACACAGGAAAAUGUACUCUGUUGGUAUAAACAAUAUCUGAGGGGUGUUUCAUAAAGUUGGCUCAGAAAAGAAGGUCUUUUUUUGGAAAGCCUGGCUUCAAAUGAGCAGAACAAACUCCACUAGGAUUAAUCUGUUUUUCCUAAAGUCAAGUCAAUCAUGGCUUUAAAACAACAACCAGAAACAUCAAGCACUGAUCACAUCAGUUCACAAGAAUGAAAAUGGGCAUGUGAAGACAAAACUGUGAUGUUUGCAGCCACAGAGCAGCACAUAUUUAAAUAAUACAGAGAGUAAAAUAUCACAGCAAAAACUAACAAAACUACCAUCAAGGAGACAGAAAACAACUUUUAGCGUAAUGUUGUGAGUCAGUGCUAUCUGUGCUAAAAAAUAAUGUAGAUUGACAAGAUGCAAUACCAUUAAAUUUAAAAAAAUCUGGUCAUUUAUUUUUUGCAGGAAAUUUAGGUAAUUGGCAUCCUUUAGAAAAACGAAAGCUCUAAUCCUGACGUAAAGUUAAGCCUGAAAAGAUGAGUUUCCAUGGUAACUCAGGCAAGACUUGGAUGACCGUGGAUGCAUGACUUAGCAGACCAAUCCGACAUGAGCCCAGCGGCCCAAAGACUCAAAGCCUUUUUGAAGUCAAUCAACAACUACUAAAAGAUGCAAAAAUGAUCACAAAUGGCCACAAAACAACUACAGAGAGAAACACAACGACAACAACAGGAAGCAAAAAAAACACAAAUUGUCUACAGAGACACAAAACAACUACAAAGAGAUGCAAAAUGUCAAUUCAGUGACACAAAAAGACUUCACAUGACUUGGCAAAAUUAGUUUUGUCUCUUUCAGUCUAAGGGUCUUGCUCCAGUGUAGGAAAGGUGGGGGCUUAUUUACAUGUCUGUGCCCAGAGGCCUGUUUUUUAUUUAUCCAAGCUUAUUUAAACCCCCUUUGUGAAAAGAUGAGCCCUACUGGCCUUGUUUACCUGGCAAUCUUUAUAAAACACCCCUCUGGUUUCACAAGCUAGAUGUUUAUUUACCAGAAAACCUAUCUGCUAUCAUUUGUAUCUACAGAAAAGAAAAACCCUGGACCACUAUUACAUUUUUUACCGUACCAACCAAAGUCUAAGACAAGCUGUGGGUCAGAUGAAUCUUAACCGCUUUUCCAAACCACACGACAGGACCAGGUAUUCUCUUUAUCUAAGGCGAAGAUCACACAGUCGCAGUAUGGAGCUGAGGGAAUGUGUCUUUACUCUGAAUGUAAAGGAAGAAGUAAUAAGGAAGAGUGAGAAUUUGGUACAUUUAAGAGUAUAGAACAAUAAAGCCAUUAUAGAAUAAUACAUUUUAAUCGAUAUAUGCAUACAGGAAAUAUAGAGUAUGUACAGUAUAUGAAAUUUCAUUUAUAAGUGUUAAUUUGUCACCAGGAUGGUGGCUCUCACACACUUUCACACUGCCGUCUUGCCUUGUACAGCGGGCUCUGUCCCUGAACUACGCUCUAACUCAAGUGACCUCAUUGAAAUGAUGGAAGUCAGGUGUAGAAAGAUUGACGAGACUGUUCAGCUCGAGAGUUUUCCAGGAAAUGUGGUAGCAUCAUAAUGAUCUCUCUCUGGGUUAUUUACAUUUACGAAGGAACAAAAGAGUUAUUAAAUCUAUUAUCUUCUCAUGGCCGUCACAAACAAGUAAUACAGAUGUUUUUGUGAGCAGAGGGCCAGCAGAGCAUUAUGUCUGUGCUAAAAGUAGUCAAAUGUUUCUCUCAUAAACACACCUUGAAAUGGUUUGGGAAACUUGCGUCACAUGUAUUCAGUCUUGGUUUUUAAUCGGUCACUAUAUCUGUGGUAUCUCAGACUCUGACACUUCCUAUUCUCUCACCUCCAUCCACUUAGUUUAUUCCUCCUCCUUCCUUACCUGCCUUUUUUCUGUUCAGUGGUUUUUAAUCUGCAUUUUGUACUCUCUAGCUAUGUAAAAUAUCCAAAAAUGUUGACAGGAAAUAUCAAAUACAUUUUGAGAGAAUAAAGUUUAAAAUAAACUCCUGAAACUAUCCAGUUUGGGUUUAUUUAUUGACCUCUUCCUUUGUUAAAUUUUGAAAUUCAUGGCC